UGCUCCAGGUGAGUGUUGGACAGGUGUUUAGCGGCAGAGAAAGCACAAAGUGACUCCGUGUUCCUGCUGCACGGCGCAGGCAGGCUGGGCUGAGUCUCCACGGUUCUCAUGGUGUGUUUAAGGCCCUCUCGUGUCGGACAUUCCUCCAUCAGUCACAUCAGACACUUCGUUUGAAUCUCUCUGACAGCGCGAUGGCAGAAGUCGCCCCAGCCGCACCCGCAGCCGCUCCGGUCGCUCCGGCUAAAGCACCGAAGAAGAAAUCCACCAAGCCCAGCAAGAAGACCGGUCCCAGCACCAGAGACCUCAUCCUGAAGGCCGUGUCCGCCUCCCAGGACCGGAAAGGUAUGUCUUACGUCGGCCUGAGGAAAGCGCUGGCUGCCGGUGGCUACGACGUGGAACGCAAGGGAGUCCACGUCAGACGCUCCGUCAAGAGUCUGCUGACGGCCGGACAGCUGGUGCAGACCUCGGGGUCAGGCGUGUCCGGAUCCUUCAAGGCUGCCAAGGUGGAGAAGAUCAAGAAGGCAGCCAAGAAAUCCGCCGUCAAAGCCACCAAGUCACCGGCCAAGAAGGCCACCGUCAAGAAGCCCAAAGUCAAGACCACACCCAAGACCAAAGCUGCUACACCAAAGAAGAAGCAGUCCAUCAAGAAGGUGACAAAGAGCC